AUGGCAUCAUCUACUGGUAAGCUAUGUGGUCCAUGUGAAGCAAGAUAUAACACUACGACUGCUGUUAGCUGGUGUAUGGACUGUGAUGAUGGACUAUGUUCCGAGUGCAUAGAGGACCACAGAGUCAACAAAGCAAGUAAGAAACACCAUACCAUACCAGUAAGUCAGUACAUAGAAAUAGAAUCGGUUUCUUCACUAAUCAAGCAGGAAUGUGAAGAACAUGAUCAGAGACUAACUUUUUAUUGCCUUGAUCAUUGCGUCACAGCUUGUGCCCUAUGUGUACCAGAAAAACAUAAACAGUGCACCAGUCUAAAAACUAUCGAAGAACUUGCCCGUAAUGCUAAAACGUCGACAGAACUGUUCGAGAUUGAAAAGGGAAUAAAGGAGCUAGAUAAUGUUUUUGAUAAACUUGAAAAUAACCGACAACAAAACAAUGAUACAAUUAAAGACCAACGGAAAACAAUUUCAACGGAAAUUAAAUUUUUGAGAAAACAGAUAAACAAGCACCUAGAUAAUAUAGAAUAUGAUUUGUUAACGGAGUUAGAAUCUAAAAGUGACCUGAAUUUAUCCGAAAUAAACAUGUUUCUAGCAAAACUAAAGGAUAAAGGAAAAGAAAUAAAGAGUCUUGGAAAAACAAUCUUUCUAAUGAAAGAAACCUUAUCCGAUGUUCAAGUCUUUCUAGCAACAAAUAGUAUCAUUGCAAAAUUGCGAGAAGAACAAGAAUGGGUGUCAAUGCAUUGCAACCAAGACUCAGCUAAGGAAUCUGUUCUCGAUUUAUAUAUUAAUCCACAACUGAAGAAUUUGCUUUCAGAUUUAAAACAUUUUGGGGCGAUUCAGGUUGUCCGAAAUCCGUGUCAAGUUAAAGUAGGAAACUGUGAGGAGCAAAGAGCGCAACUAAUUGUCCCGACAAUUGCAGGGAGAAGGAGAAAUAUCGAAAAGACAAAACUGGAACUGGUACGCACGAUCUUGUUUAAAGGCGGGUUUCGAAUUAAAGAUUGUGUUCUUGUCAAUGAUGGAAGAAUGAUUUUUGCAAAUUCUAAUAAGAAUAAGGUAUUAGUGUAUACUCAUGAUGAACAGUUAUCGAAAACAAUAAGUGUCGGUAAGUAUCCUUUUGGAUUGGCCGUGAUAAGCACCGAAUCUGUGGCUGUAACAUGCUUUACUGAUAAAUCCAUAAACAUUAUAAAUAUCGAUGAAGGUGUGGUGAAAAAGAACAUAAAUGUCGGGAAACCUUGUUCUGGUUUAUCUUACCAAAAUGGCAAACUGUAUGUCCUCGCAACACUCACAGGUAUAAUGGAGUUUGAUGUAGCUGGAAGUCUCAUCAGAACAAUAGGGAUAGAUGUUCCAGAUGGUGAAUGUUACUUAUCUGUUCAUGAAGAUAAGUUUUGUUACUCAAGUUAUGAUGGAUCCAUAGCAUGCUUUGAUAGUAAUGGUAGAGAAAUCUGGAGAUCAGACGUUGCAGAUUCUGGUGUAGCAGUUGAUAAUUACGGAAAUUAUUUCGCUUCAGAUUACGAAAAAUGCACUUUGCAAAUGAUAUCAGCUGACGGUAAAAGAACAAAACAAAUUUUAGAUUUCCCUGCGGGGAAUCAUAUAGAAGGUGUCGCCUUCGACAAGAAAAGCAGUUUAUUACUUGUAAUAUGUGGUUAUCGGUCUGCAAGACUUUAUCGAGUAAUUUAA